ACGUCAGAAGCGAGAUGAAGCUCAGUACGACUUUGCACGUAUGAAAGGCGCGACAUUACUGUCUGAGGGCGUCGAUGAAAUGUUUCAUACAAGAAGCUUUGGGUGACCAACCGCGUGAUAUUCUUUGCGGCGCAGCUGACGAAGUGUUAGCUGUGUUGAAAAAUGACCGGCUUAAAGAGAAAGAGAAGAAAAAGGAGACAGAGCUCUUGCUUGGUUCACUAGCAGAAGAGAGAUUUGCUCUUCUGGUCAAUCUGGGAAAAAAAAUCACAGAUUUCGGCAGCGACGAGAAAAGCACGGCGAACGACGAGAAUAUCGAUGAAACGUAUGGAAUUAACGUACAAUUCGAGGAGAGCAGCGAAGAGGACGACGAAGAUGUUUACGGAGAAGUGCGAGAAAACGACGACGAAGGAGACGAAGGCGAGGAAGCCAACGACGACAGGGCUAUUCAUGCGGAGAAUUUGGGUGGAACAGAAGAGAUGAAGAAAGAGAAGCCGUUACAUCCAUUGGACAUAGAUGCUUACUGGUUGCAAAGGAGAUUGAGCAGGAUAUACGAUGACGCGAUGGUUUCACAAGCGAGAGCCGCCGAGGUGUUGGCCGUUUUAAAAGAUGCUGGUGAUGAUCGCGACUGUGAGAAUCAACUUGUACUGCUCUUGGGCUACGAUUGCUUUGACUUCAUUAAACAACUCAAGAAAUACAGACACACGGUCGCGUACUGUACGAUGCUGGCGUCGUCACAGUCCGAGUCGGAGAGACAAAAGAUCCGUAACAAGAUGAACGACGACCCGAUUCUGGCGAAGAUCUUGCGGCA